AUGAUACCAAGAUCACGCGGGCUCAUAAGAGUAUGUACCACUACUGUAAGAAGGUAUCUGUUUCCUGUCAGGCAGUACUCUAAGAUUCAAGUCGUGAACGCUACCAAUACAGACAAAAUCAAUGAACUGCUCCCGAAACUCAAUAAUAUGAUUUCUCAUUUACCAAAAAAAUCACUUCCUUACUACAAACAGCUGAUGGCAUUCGACGAGUGUACAUCUCAAAAUUGCACAUACGAUAGUAGGACGGGAGAAGUGAUUGGGGGGAUUGAAGCAUUUUGGCAAAGUAUCUACAAAAUAAUGCCUUUGUAUGAUAAUCUUCUGCAUACAGGAGAGUUAAAUGAAGACAGAAUGGACAGCUUAAUAUCUCUUCUGCGAAACGGAUUAAGAAUACACAGAUACCAGCUUGCCAAGCAAAAUAAGAAUCUAGACAAUGACUUGCACCACUCGCUAAAAAGUACGAAAACUUACCUGAUAGAAGCGUUAAGAAAAAUAACAGACGAAAUACUGAGGUAUCGAACCCUUCACGUCAGUCCUGCUGGUAUAUCCAAUAUAUUCAAAGCUUACAAGGACUUGGGUUUUGUUGAGGAAGCUGUACAAUUUUGGGAGCAGGGGAAGAAUAAUAAUAGACUAAAACCAAUUUUUGACUCGGAGCCAGUUUUAGGUAGCGUUAUUCAGUUCCUGGUCGAUACGGGCGACUUUGACUUGAAAGAAGUUAAAGAAUUAUACGACCAUAUUAAAUUCAAAAAGGCCAAACUAGAUAAAGGACAAAAUGAUAUUCACCCAGAAUUAGUAGUUGGAAUGAUCAAAGCUUGUCUUGUGAAAGGUGAAACAGGUGUCGCAGGAGAAUUGUUCCAACAAAUAACAUCUGAUAUUUGCAAAGAAUGUGCAAAUUUGAAUAAAACACCAUCACAGAAAAUGCUCAGUUAUAUGACUAAUGCACAUCUUUCAUUCAUUGCUUAUUCGGCCGAUAUUGCGACUUCAAAUAUGUUUUUUGAGAGCGCUGCGAAAGGUCAAUUACCAUAUCCCACUCCUCUCCAAGUCAACUACAUCAAGCCAUACAUGGUGAAACUCUGGCAAUCAACUAAUGAUUUGACUUUAGUGCAGAACGUUUGGGAGAGAACGUGGGAAUAUAACGAAAGACACCAUCGUUCUAACUCUUCUAUGUCAUCAUCACUGAACGAUCUCUUUUUCAAGAUAUUUUUUUCGAAGUAUCCUCGUUGCACUCCUGAUGGUAUCAAACAUCUCAAACAGGUAAUUAAAGCUUAUUCAAACGUCAAAUCUAUGGAUGAGCCAUUUUUCAAUUGUUUACUUACAAAUUCCUCAGCUUGGAAUAAUAGCGAAGUUUUCCAUACUAUUGUCAAAACAGCAGACCUAUAUAAUUUCCCGAAGACCAAUGUUUUUUAUCGGUGCUGUUUGAAAGCAUCCGGUUCAUUGACUUUAAAGGCCUUUGAAAUUAUCAAGUUGGUACAAAAUUUACUCUCAGCAAAUGCUUCGAUGGGUUACAGAAAGAUCGCCAAUGCGGAUUGGCUUGCUAUCAGGGAUGCAACAAUCAACUCUAAAAUUGUAUCUCAAGAAAAAGUUGAUUUGUACUUCAAGUUAUGGAAAAAGUGUUCACCUUAUUUUGCAAACUCAUCUAACUAUUAUUCGUAUCAACGAGAAGACACGAAACUAAAUGCUGCUUACUCGCACAUCUUUAACAACAUUCGAAAAAUAGAUACUGAAAAUUUAACAUUGGAUCAACUGGAUUUCUUUGUCAAGGACCACCAGAUAAGUUCGAAGGUUAAUUAA